UACCAAAUGAAUUGGACUGAAUUGCAGGACAACGGAGGCUCACCAGUCACCAACUAUGUUGUGGAGAAGCAGGAUCUGCAGACGGGAGAGUGGACACCAGUGAGCAGUUAUGUGCGUGGGACCGAGUUCGAUGUGCCUAACCUGGAUGAGGGCAAACGCUACAACUUCCGAGUCAAAGCUGUCAAUGAGAAUGGUGCUAGUGAGCCAUUGGAGUCACAAACACCCAUCACGGCUACCAAUCCCGUUGGUAAGUAA